AUGUCGGCAUAUCGCGCAGCUACACGAACACUCACGGCCUCGCUCCGAUCGUCGCCUGCCGCACGCUCCGUGGCGCUGCGCUCGCCCGUCUCCGCUCGACGAUGGGCCUCGUCCGCCUCGCCCAACUCGUUCCCGCAGCUGCCACCCGGCUUUGAGAAGCUCGCGCAUUCGCCCUCGGCACUCUCGGCCAUCACAAACCUCGUCGAGGUCAUGAAGGCUAACGGCGUCGACCUGCAUACCGGCGAAAAGCCGAGCAUGUGGCAGAUGAUGAAGCUCGCGCGCAACCAGGAGGUGCGUGACGCCACUACUAAAGUGAUGGAGGAGCUCAAGAAUGCAGGUGUCGACGUGUCGCCCGAACGCCUGCAGGCCAUCAUGAACAGCCAAAAGGACAUCUUUGGCGGCAACAAGGACGGCAACGACGGCGGAAAGUCUCAGUAG